AUGGAAGAUCCUUUACUGUGGGGAAAGGGCAUUAUCAUCGAUUUCAAGCGCACGGUUGGUACUCACUGGUUGGCUGAGAUUAUCAACUUUAAUCAGAAGACAGUUGCGGUUACUCUUCUCAUGUUCAUCACCGUCAUCGCUCCUACCCUUACCUUUGGUGCAGUCUACGGCAAGGUUACUGAGAAUCGCAUUGGUGCCAUCGAGACUAUUCUCGCUACUGCGUGGGUUGGAUGUACCUACUCUCUCAUUGGUGGUAUGCCCAUGUGUAUCAUUGGUUCCACUGGUCCCGUCUUGGCUUUCUCUACUGUCAUCUACAACAUGUCUGUGUCUCUCGAUGUUCCCUACUACGCCUUUAACGCUUGGGUCAGUGUUUGGCUUCUGGGAUAUUGCUUGAUUGCUGGCUUCUUUGACAUCACCCGCUAUGUGCGCCUUGCCACGCGCUUUACCGAUGAGAUCUUUGCUCUGCUCAUUGUCAGUAUUUUUGUCAUGGACGCCAUCGGCGACCCUUUCUCCGAUGUCGGUAUCCUUCGUUUCUUGGCUCCUGAUCAUCCCUCCCAUGAAGAGGACGACCCAGACUACGACUACUUGAAGGUUGGCCUCCUGAGUGUCAUUCUUGGUUUCGGUACAACGUCUCUUAUCUUCUUCUUCCGUAGCUUUAAGUUCUCGCCAUUCUUCUGCAAUCAGGGUGUCCGUACCUCUGUCCACGACUUUGCGGUCACCGCUUCCGUUGUUACCUGGACGCUUGUCAAAGAACUUCUCUUCGACGAUGUUGAUACGGAAGGAUUAAAAGUACCUGAUCAUUGGUUCGUCGACUUUUCUGACCUUAACGGCAAGGGCUGGAUCCCGAUUGCUGCUGCUGGACCGGCUGUCCUUGCUUUCGUGCUGGUGUACCUCGAUAACGGUAUCACUUGGCAUUUGAUCCAACACAAGAGUCACAACCUGCAACACGGAGAAGCCUACAACUACGACUUGUGUCUGAGUGGAUUCUUCAACUUUGUGAACGCUAUGCUCGGGUUGCCUUGGUUGGUGGCCACCACUGUACCCUGCAUUAUUCACUUGAACUCUUUGGCUGAAAAGGACAAGGAUGGCAAGUUUUUGUCUGUCCAGGAAACUCGGUUGACGAUGUUGUUCUCCCACAUGCUGGUCGGGUUCUCUUUACUGGCCUUGGACGUGCUGAAGCUUUUGCCUCUGCCCGUCCUGUACGGUGUCUUUUUGUUUAUGGGUUUGUCGUCGUUGCCCAACAUGCAGUUCUGGAAUCGUUUCUUGCUCUUUUUCAUGCAACCUAGUAUGUAUCCGGAGAAGUCGUACACUAAGUACAUGAGCAAGGCCCGUAUCCACAAAUACACAUUGUUGCAGCUUCUUUUCUUCUCAUUGGUGUUUAUCGUGCAGAACUUCAAGGUGAUUGCCAUUGCCUUUCCCCUCAUGACUCUUCUUUGUAUUCCGGCGCGAAUUUACUUGUUCCCAAAAUUCUUCGAAGGAUGGGAGCUCCUACUCUUGGAUGGUGAUGAUGAAGACAUUCGUCGUUGGGAAGCUGCAAAACAUGAAUCCAUGUUGGAGGGUGGCGACUUACGUGCCGGUACCACGAAGCAUGAAGUCCCGAUUGAUGACGGCGACAGCAGCGAUGAUGUUGCGAACGACUCGUAA